ACAUUUUAUCCGCCCCCAUCCGCCUGCUUUCUCUCCAGGCGAUUCAAAAGGAAAUCUUGGGUUUUUGUUGGCGAUUCAAGAUGUCUUUCUCAAUGACACCAGAUCUCUCUAUACAACACAAGAUCGAAUGAGUUUCAUCUCUCGAAAUCUUCGAUUUGACUGGAUUCGCUCAGAGCUAGGGUUGUACUCGAUGAGAAAAAGAUCCAGCUCAGAUCUGAGUUUUAUAUUCAAGAGUUUUACAUUCAGAGGACGGCGACGAAGGAUGCGGGUUUGAUUUUAAGCUCAGAUCUAUGAAAGGUGUACUCAUCGUCUCAUCAAGAUGAAUACUAUUUUAAGCUCAGAUCUGUGAAUGGUGUACUCAUCUUAGAGCGGUUUUCCAUGUCUGAGAGAGUCAAAAAAGCUGUGCAGGAAGUGAAGCCUGAUGUACUCCUUGGGUUGUCUGCAGUCGGCGGCUUGUUUUCUAAAGAGAUAUUAGAAGCAUUUAGAGGUUCGACUUCAACCAGACCAGCAAUAUUUGCACUGUCGAAUCCCACAACCAAUGCGGAAUGCACCCCUGAAGAAGCGUUUUCUAUUGUCGGUAAAAACAUUAUUUUUGCAAGUGGAAGCCCGUUUAAGGAUGUAGAUCUUGGAGGUGGAGAGAUCGGCUACAGCAAUCAGGGAAACAAUAUGUAUCUUUUUCCUGGCAUUGGUCUAGGUACCCUUCUGUCUGGUGCUAGAAUAAUCUCGGACGACAUGUUACAGGCUGCAUCCGAGUGAUUGAAGAUAGUUGCCCAGAUUUGGUA